AUGAUUCCGACUCCAUCUCCGUCCAAAGUCGCAAAGCGGAAGAGCACGCCGCGAAAGGAAACUGCCGAUGACGUUCGUUUCAUCUGGCUCUGCAUUAAGAACCUUACGAAGAAUGGCAACAACAUCGAUUACAAAGCCGUUGGCGCCGCCUGCGGUGUCAAGUAUGAGAGAGCCCGCAGUCGGUGGGUCAAACUGAAUGCUGCUCUCCAGGAACAGGAGGACAACUUUGCUGCCGACCAGUCCUCUGACUGGACCGCCAAUCAGGAUUCUCAGGACAAGAAGAAGAAGACUUCGGUUGUUCAGGCUCCGAAGAAAGAGGAGCAAGAGGAGAUCUAA